GGAGGCCUAUGCCCAGAGAGUGUAUUACUACAGUUUUCUCUUCUACUCUAUCGACGCAAUAUUUGCCUUUUCCCUUCCCACCAACUAUUACCCAGUUUGAACCCCUCAUCUUAUUGUACGCCGAGUUCCAAUGUUUGCUUCUUUUUUGUAUUUCCUUUUGUGAAAACCAGAACACACCCAUUCAUGGGGCGACAGAUACUGAGCGAGCUGACCUUUUCGGCGCGUACUACGACCAAGAUCCAGCCACGAUGUGCUACCUGUUCUUCGGUCCGCCGAUUUGGAUGGGCGUAGACUUAGACGAGGUGUAUCGGGGCGGACAGGGGAUGGGUCAUAAGCGCAUGGAAUGGCGACGAUAUUGUUGCAUGCUGUUCGUCUGGAGUGCUUGCGACGCCUACCAGGUUUUCAAUAACCCUACCUCACCAUACUCCGAAGCCAACGCUCCUGCGAAAGGAAGCAACAAAUGGAGGCAGGACACGGCGAUGUUUUCGUUUUGGAAGACGUACUCGGACAAAGCCAGAAAGCAGUUGAAGCUCGGGGAAUUCGAAGACGUACCAAUACGCCACGGAGGGGUCUCCGCGACUGAGAAAAGCGAGAAGCUGACGGUCACGCUUGUGCCGUCGGCCAACAGAAGUCCACAGUGAUGCGAGGCGAGGUGGUGAUAUACCGUGACAUAUGGGCAUUAGCCAGUCAUAGCGCUGGAAAUGAUCUCGCGCCGAACGGCAACGAGAAAACAUAAACAGAUUGAGUAAACCUUGCUUUCCUUUUUCUUUCCACUUUCCGAGCGU